GUUUUGGUCGAACGAACAUGUCUUCUAGAGUCAUUACCCUGCUACUUGUGGUAACUUUAGCCGCGCAUGCAUACGGAGGAAAACCAACCCAUUCUCAAAAGGAUGAUGAUGACCAUACAUUCAGUGAAGAAGUGAUCCGUAUGUACCAAGAAAAUAUUCUGAAGCGGAAUGAAGAGAACAAACAAGCUAGAAUGCAAGGGAAAUCGGUUGGAUCUGCUGAGUGGAUCCGAAAGGGUCAAGACACAGUCAACUAUGCCGCAAACCGGGGUCUUAAUACGAAUCUCGCCAAGAAUGUGAUCAUAUUUAUUGGCGACGGAAUGGGUCUCACCACGAUGUCGGCUGCUAGGAUCCUCAGAGGACAACAGUUAGGAGGAACUGGGGAAGAACAUCAACUUAGCUGGGACAAAUUUUCCCACAGCAUGUUGGCAAAAACUUAUUCAGUGAAUGGACAAACCCCCGAUUCGGCCUCAACAGCAAAUGCUAUGUUGACGGGUGUGAAGUCGAGCGUCUGGGUGAUAGGAGUAGAUGAGGAGGUUGUCCCGUACAUGUGUGACACUGUCGCUGGCCAUGAGGUGGACUCGAUACUUAGGUGGUCAAAGAGAGAAGGUAAAGCAGCUGGCUUGAUCACGACAACAAGGCCGAGUCACGCCACCCCAGCCGCGGCGUUUGCACACUCCCCAUGUCGAUGCUGGGAGGGAGACCAUCAAGUACCGGAGUGGGAAGAGGCACAAUGUCCUGAUAUAACAAAGCAACUCGUUGUCAAUAAUACUGAUAUUGAGGUUAUAUUGGGAGGUGGACGUUCGUACUUCAUGAAUGAGAACCAAGAGGACCCGGAAUAUCCCUUUGAAGUUGGUUUCAGAGAGGACGGCAGGGAUCUUAUUCAGGAAUGGUACGAUCAUAAGUUGAGUAUCAAUCAGAGACCAGCCUAUGUUUGGAAUAUAUCAGCAUUCAAUGAGGUGAACCCGGCCAACACAGAUUACCUUAUGGGUUUGUUUGAACGCCAGAGCAUGCGUAAUGACGCUGAUAGAAUAGAUGGUGACAUCGCUGGAGAGCCAUCGAUCUCUGAAAUGACGCAAAAAGCAAUCGAAAUACUAAGCAAAAAUGAAAAUGGAUUCUUCUUACUAGUAGAGGGUGGACGUAUUGACUCUGGACACCACAGUGGUAGAGCAGCACGUGCCCUUCUAGAGACAAUUGCCCUUGAUCGUGCUGUUGAGACCGCUGUCAACAUGACCAGCGAAAAUGAUACUCUAAUUGUAGUCACCGCUGAUCAUGGACACGUGCUGGCAUUUGGCGGAUACAGUGAAAGAGGAAAUCCCAUUUUGGGCAAAACAUUAGUUGAUGCAGCUGAUGACAAACCUUACACAACUCUGACGUAUGGCAAUGGUCCAGGAUAUCAAGGUGUUUACAAUGAUACUGGAGCUGACCCUGAGGAUCUAACGACUCGAGAGGAUCUGGAGAAUGUCGAUACGAGUGAUUCCAACUAUCGCCAACAGAGUCCAGUACCACUAAGCUCCGAGACUCACAGUGGAGAGGACGUGAUUGUAAUGGCAAAUGGUCCCAUGGCGCAUUUAUUCUAUGGGGUGCAGGAACAAAGUUAUGUCGCACACGCAAUGGCAUAUGCAUCCUGUGUUGGAGAAAACAAGAUGCAUUGUAACCGUCCAUAGAAUGACUCUGCCUCACUAUAUUUCAACGUAUUCAAUUUUCGCUUUCAUUGACAAAUAAAUGAUUGGGUGAAACAUAUGUCUUAAUCU